UGAAGACUGGGGUGGGGGGAAAACAAUCAUCAAAAAGGGUGCUUAACCACUUUGCUACUUCAGAUGAAUUAAUUUAGAGUCAAGUUUUUUAGUUAUGACUACAACCUGACUGUUAAGAGAGGCCAUAUCUAAACUACAAUAAUUGAUACCUCAGAAAAGACUAAAAGUAUUCCUGGCUGACUCAAAUCCCAUGCACUUCAACAAAACAAGAUCUCAUUUUUUCAACAGUAUCGGAAAAAUCCCACAUCAUACUUGGAGCUUACUUCAAGACUGCAGGGUCCCUAGCAGUCUAAAAAUAUGAUCCAAAGUACUUACAUUUUUUUUCCACCUGUACUGGAAAUUACCUUCAUUUCUUUUUUAAAUUAACAACUAUCCUGCUGGCAAAGUAAAUUAAUAGAUUAUUUUUUCUGCUAUGUUAAAGUUACAUUCUCAGGUGGUGACACCUGCCUGGGUUUUUUUGUUUUUUUUUUUUUCACUGUGCCAUUUUUAAAAAUUUGUGUGAGAUUUUUCCUGAAUUUCAUUUGAACUAAAAUUCCACUCAUCUUCAGUGAAGAAAAAAAGAUGAAAGUACAGCUAUGUAAACAGCACAUCAGUAUGGUGUGGGUAUGCCUGUGAGCCUGUAGGUUGUGUGAUGUUACCUCUUUUUAAAGGAAGUUGUCUCUUCUGUCAGACACAGUCUUCAUUAAAGAUUUUUGCACAUAGCAGUAAUGAGGAUACAAGGAAUUCGUCUGUCUUGUGCUGGCCACAGGUUCACAGGCUGUAUUAAUAGAUAGGAUUAGUGAAGAAGAAUAGGUCAGAAGGCUGCAAAGCUUCUGUCCCUUGAGAUUUCCUUCUUUAGAUCGUUAGUCUUAUUGAGAGCUCCCUUGAACACAGUGAGCAGAAACUGAGGAAAAGGCUGGAACCAUUUUAUUCACCAAGAUAUUCUGGGGAAGGGCAAUUUCUGCAUCAGAAGCUCCACUGAAAAUGUCUGUCCCGUUUUCUGCACAGGCACCCUGGAGGAACAACAACAUCAGUUUUCUGACCAGAGAGGCAGCUGUAACAGAGCAAGGAGAGACCAUCAUAGGUUUCUACCUGUUGGCUUUAGGUUGGUUGUCUUGGUUUGGAAACAGCAUUGUGAUUUUUGUCCUGUAUAAGCAAAGACAUCUUCUGCAGCCCACCGACUACCUCACAUUUAACUUGGCAGUGUCAGAUGCCAGUAUCUCUGUGUUUGGUUAUUCACGGGGCAUCAUUGAAAUCUUCAAUGUCUUCAGAGAUGAUGGAUUCAUUAUCACGUCGAUAUGGACUUGCCAGGUUGAUGGCUUCCUGACACUUCUCUUUGGCCUGGCUAGCAUUAAUACCCUUACAGUGAUCAGCGUGACACGCUAUAUCAAGGGCUGCCAUCCUGAGAGAGGUCACUGCAUCAGCAACAGCAGCAUGUCGGUGGCCCUGGUCCUCAUUUGGGUGGCCGCUUUCUUCUGGUCUGCAGCUCCUUUGCUUGGCUGGGGCAGCUAUACAGAUCGCAUGUAUGGCACAUGUGAGAUAGACUGGGCAAAAGCCAACUUCUCUACAAUCUACAAGUCCUACAUCGUCUCCAUUUUUAUCUGCUGCUUUUUCCUGCCUGUCACAGUCAUGGUCUUCUCAUAUGUGUCAAUCAUCAACACAGUCAAACUAAGCCAUGCACUGACAGGACUGGGUGACCCCACAGACAGACAGAGGAGAAUAGAGCGGGACGUCACCAGGGUUUCUAUUGUCAUUUGCACAGCCUUCAUUAUUGCAUGGUCACCAUAUGCUGUCAUCUCUAUAUGGUCUGCCUAUGGUCACCCUGUGCCCAACCUUACCAGCAUCCUUGCCAGUUUGUUUGCUAAGUCUGCUAGCUUCUACAAUCCCAUUAUCUACUUUGGAAUGAGCUCCAAAUUUCGAAGGGACAUUUUCAUCUUGUUCCAUUGUGCCAAGGAAGUCAAGGACCCUGUGAAACUCAAACGUUUCAAAAACCUCAAACCAAAGCAGCCACAGCCUUCUCAGAAAGAAGAGAAGUAUGCACCAGAAAUGCACCCUGCACCAAGCCCUGAUUCUGGGGUGGGAAGCCCAACCAACACCCCACCUCCAGCAAAGAGGGAAGUGUAUUUUGGUAUUCUCGAUACACCAUCCAAUAAUCCCAAUAUUGAAUGUGAUAGAUUGUAAGUUUUGUGGCUGCUUAAUACACAUACACACUCUGUGUUCAGGAAGACCCUCUACAGAGCAGUGCUUGAGUAAUUUACUAAUUCCCAUUCCAUCUGUUUCUUGCAAUAGCACUGAUGACUAUACAACUCAAGCAAAUCAGAUGGUAAAGGGCUAUUUUCCUUAUAUGUAGGUACAAAAUGCUCCAAAGAACAUUAAAAUGUGGGCAGCACACCCAGUGCCAGAAACACUUGAUUUUCACAUGCGUGCAGGAAAAGAAAGACUGACUUCAGGAGAGCAGGCAUUAGUUAGCAAAACUAACUGAUCUAUUCCUAUCCAAAUUUUAUAAAUUCUCGACUACAUUUCCAAAUAUAUCUUUUGCUCUUUAACAGUCACGGCCAUAGAUGAUUGUUUUAACUCUGUGGUACCUCACAGCUAUGGCUGUAAGAGAAGACUGGCCCUGCUGAGAUUGCUGUGGAGCUGCUACAGCUUCAAAGGCUGCAAGGUGCUGGAGAAAUCCCUGUUCCCCCUGCAGGGUACCCAGGUGUGCCCACCAUAGGGCCUCCAGGCCCCACAGGCACCUCAUGGGAUUGUGUCCGAUCACAGGAUCAGAGAAUACUUUGUGUUGGAAGGAACCUUUUAGAUCAUCUCAUUCCAACCCCCCUGCCAUGGACAGAGACACCUUCCACUAGACCAGGUCACUCAGACCCCAUCCAGCCUGGCCUUGAAUGCUUCCAUGGAUGGAGCACCCACAGUUCCCUGGGCAACCUGUUGCAGUGUGAAGAAUUUCAGUGAAUAAUUUCUUCCUAAUAUCUAAUCUAAACCUACUGUCUUUCAGUUUAAAGUCUUUCCCCCUUGUCCUAUCACUUGUCAAGAGUCCCUCUCUAUCUUUCUUGUAGGCUCCCCUUUGGUACUGGAAGGCUGCUGUAAGGUUUCCCCAAAGCCUCCUCCAGACUAAAGAGCCCCAGCUCUCAGCCUGUCUUCAUAGAUCACCUUCAUAGGCCAUCUUCUGAUGGCCUGUGCCUGACUCUGUGUGUCUAUGCAAGGACUGGGAGUUGUAAUGUAUUGAAAAUACUAGUCUGGUGUUUUCUAGUCACUGUAGUCUGAGCAGUGGCUUCAUAUUUUCCUCACUGGUUUGCAGAGCUAUUUCCACCCCCACUGACCUUCCUGGUGAUCAGGGCCUGGCUGUGGAAUUCUGAUUCAGGAAAGCUGAUUUUACUGAUCUGUCUCCAAAUUUAUUGUUUUUCUACCUUCCUCUGAAGGUGGAGCAAGAGAUGUACAGGUAACGAAAACUGACUUAGGUUUUAAGAGUUCUGGUGAGGUGUGGUAUCAGAGCUAUUUACACAAUAUAAUCCAACACUUCACUUUUGCUUCUAAAGAAAGUGUUGUUACCUGCCUAUGGGUAAAAAGUGACUUUUUUUAAACCAAAUUUAGUAGCAAUUAAAGAUAAUGAUUUAAACAGCUAUGCUGUAGGCCUAAAUCAGUUGCCAGGCUACCAGAUGUUACAUAUCCAGUUAUAUCACCAAGUUUAUUCUACAGAAUCAAAAUGAGGAGGUAUGUUUUCAUAAUUCCCCAUCGUGUAAAUUGACUGCAUACUCAAAGACUUCUUUUAAAAUGUUCCUGUGUUAGCCAUGGAAAUUGUGGGUUCACUUAGUGCCAUUUGCAACUUAAACAAGGGAAAAAGAAGUUGGGGGGGGAAGAAAAAACCAGCAACACUCUUUGCUAACCUGUGCUAUUUACAAACUUUUGAAAUCUUGCUGUCUGGGUGUGUUGAAAUAUAGUUGUUUUUCAAAAAUAUGCUCUUCCAGAUGUGUUUCUUGGGAAAGUUUCUAAGAGAGCCCACCUCAGUUCCCCCCAUUACUCUAUUUGUUUUGAGAAAGUCAUCCGUGUUUUGAAGUUAAAAACAAAUAAACAAUAUAAGCAACA